AUGUUCACCCAAUUAUCAGCCACAGAGCUCCACACGCUCUCCUCGAAAGCUAUCGCAGCGAAGGAAGCAGCGCAUUGCCCGUACUCGAAAUUCCGCGUGGGCGCCUGCCUGCUCACGGACGAAGGGGAGUUCAUCGUCGGCGCCAACGUCGAGAAUGUUAGCUAUCCUGUCGGCGUGUGCGCGGAGAGGUGUGCUUUAUCAACCGCGGUGGUAGCCGGCCACAAGAACUUCAAGGCCAUCGCCGUCGCGACGGACAUCAAUCCCGGUGCUUCUCCGUGCGGGAUGUGUAGGCAGUUCAUGAGAGAGUUCUGUGCCCCUUCUUUCCCAGUUUACAUGUAUGGAGGGGAUGGAACGUAUACAAUGAAGACGAUGGGGGAGAAGAGAUAUCACCAAGCGGGCAAGCAGUUAAGUAGUACGCACAAGAACUUGAUUUCUAGCAGGCAAUCAAGCCUGUCUGCCCCUGUCUUGCGAACACUCCCCGUUCAUCCAACACCUGAGCUGGAUGGCAGUACCCAGAACGGGCAGGCACAACCACGAUCAGGUCUCGGCCCUUUCUACAAAUGUGACCCGGCCAUGAUCCUGGGUGAAGCCCCCAUCUAUCGUGCCAGCGACUCCACCCUGCAUUGGGUGGACUGUUUCUCCGAACCUGCAGAGCUACAUAUCUUGCAUGUCGACCCAGAUACCGGCGCUGCACAGGGCAAAGCCCGCGUGUUAAAACUCCAGGACAGCGUCUCAGUUGCGUGUUUCCGCCAAGGGAAACCUGGCAGUUACAUCGCGGGCUACUAUCAGGGCAUAUGCUUUAUUGACGAGGAGACGGGGAAGUUUGAGAUUCUCAAAGAAAUCGUCCCAACAGACCAGAGGGACGAGUUCCGCCUCAACGAUGGAGGGAUAGAUGCCAAAGGCCGUUUUUGGGUGGCGGAGAUCGAUAAGAAAGCCAUGGCGUAUGGGGUGGGCAAGCUGCCGGCCAGUUAUGGCGAACCUCAGGGUAAAGUGUGGCGGUACGACCCCGACGGAAGCCUGCAGUCGAUGGACAAGGGGUUUAUCUGUGGGAAUGGGUUGGCAUGGAGUCCAGAUAAUAAGACAAUGUAUAUCAACGACUCCGUAGGUAUGCUUACAUAUGCCUAUGACUUCGACCUUGAAUCUGGAAGCAUCUCCAACAAGCGCAUUUUCAUCGACCAUCGAGCUGCGACUGGAGAGCCAGAUGGUAUGGUUGUAGACACGCAAGGAAACCUCUGGGUAGGCGUCUACAACGCCGGCCGCAUCAUGGUCUUCAGCCCAGAUGGCAAACGUCGCAAAGACAUCCCCUUGACCGCACGAAACGUGACCUGCACAACCUGGGGAGGGUGCAACUGGGACCUCAUCUUCGCCACGACGGCGCAAAAUCCCGAUGCGCAGGGGUCCGAGGUGGACGAUGGCGGGCAUAUGUUUUUGUAUAAACCCGAGGACGGGAGUAAGGGCCAGGCGAAGCUGGAGUUUGCGGGCUGA